AUGACAGACAAGGUUCUAAACACCUCCCAGUCUCCACAUCAGUUAACUUCUCAUGAAGAGCUGAUCAGAAAGGUGAUGCUGAGGAAAGCAGACAUUGCCCUCACCAAGAGAGCGGGAGAACUCGCUGAGGAUGAGGUGGAAUGUGUGAUCACCCUUACGCAGAAUCCACGCCAGUACAAGGUCCUAGACUUGUUCUUGAAAAGACAGAAGAAUGUAAAGGAUGGGAAAUAUAGCCGGGUCCUAGCCAAUGGUUUGGACAACAAGCUCCGUGAAGACCUGGAGCGACUGAAGAAGAUUCCCCAUAGAGGGCUGCGCCACUUCUGCCUUUGUGUCCAAGGCCAGCACACCAAGACCAGUGGUCGCCGUGGCCACAUCGUGGCUAUAUCCAAGAAGAAGUAA